AAUCUAUUGUGUAUCUCUCCGUCGGUGCAAAUGCACGUAUCGUAAACAAAUAAAACAGUGUCCCCUUUAUCUGAAAUCCAUUUGGACUGCUUCACUCGACUUUGGGCGAUUAGACGGUGGAUUUUCAUCCUGGAAAGGUGACCUGUUUUACAGUUACUAUAAUUUUAUCGAAACGACCGUAAGAUGGCAACUCCCACCAACGCUGUGGACAAAAAUUCCAAUGAAAACGGAGAUGCAUCAAUCAGGACAGCUUUCCGAGAAGUUGUUGAGGGCCAUCGCAGCGGUUUUAUCCCAAGAGCAAUCAUCCCAAUUGAUGACGUAGGAAAUGUUGAACCGUCCGGUUAUGCCCCGGGAGAGAAAGAGUUGAGAUGCAAAUUAGCAUCCCUUUACAGACUGGUUGACCAUCUCGGCUGGUCCCAGGCGAUUUUUAAUCACAUCACUGUUAAAGUGAGCGAAGAAGACCAGCAUUUCCUCUUAAAUCCUUUCGGAUUGCUCUAUCAUGAAAUCACUGCUUCAUCAUUAAUUAAGGUCGAUGUUCAGGGCAACAUGAUUGACAGGGGCUCUACGUACUUUGGUGUGAACAUUCCUGGAUUCGUUCUCCACUCUGCUGUUCAUUCAGCACGUCCGGACGCCAAAUGCGUGAUCCACAUUCAUCACGCUGCCUGUAUCGCUGUAGCUUCCAUGAAAUGUGGCUUCCUCCCGGUAAGCCAGGAGGCUGUUCUCGUAGGCAAUGUCAGUUACCAUGAUUUUUAUGGCGUUCUGGUCGACAAAGCCGAGCGCGAAAUCAUCGUUAAAAAUUUGGGCAACAAUAACAUUAUGUUCUUACGUAAUCAUGGCUUGGUCGUCGCUGGUCGUACAGUGGAGGAAGCUUUUACGCGGGCCUACCACACAGUGUUGGCUUGUGAAGCCCAAAUCACGAUGAUGUCUGCUGGUUUAGAGAACCUCGUCAUCGUUUCUGAAGAGGCUAAACAACGCUCCAUGGAAGUAGUUCGUCGCGCUCAAGAAAUGAUCGAAGAUGGUGCCCUCAAAGAGAAAGAAGGCCAGGUAGAUACAAAGAAGGCGAUGCAAGUCAGGUGGAACCUCGGCGACCUCGAAUUCGAAGCUUACAUGCGGAUGAUGGACAGUGCCGGUUAUCGAACGGGAUACCCAUACCGUCUUCCAUCCGUCAAAAGACCGACCGAAAAUUAAUAUUCUUGCUGCUCACGAUUCACGGUGCAGGGACACACGCGGUCUGCCGUCACGGAGGAUGGCAAGCCACAACUUUUUCUUUUAUUUUUGAAAUUUUUCUUUUCAAUUGUGUGUUGCUUUAGACACUUUGCUCGGUCUCGUGUAACUUAGACCUGGAUUAGGAAGUCUACUAUGCUAUUACAUAGAGGGUAGAAAGGUCGGCGGGUAUCAUGUGCACUUAACUGUUUCACAAAAAGAAAACGAAAAUACAGACAAGUUGAAAUGCCCUUUUAAAAGCGGCAAAGCAUC